ACUCCGCCCCUGGGGCCGCGCGGGCGCAUUGGUUGCACCAGGCGCGGGCGCUCGGUGGCACUUUGAACCGGGUGUCAGGAGGCUGGAACCGGAGUUGUGUUGCUGACCCGGGUUGGGCCAGGUCGCUGCUGCUCUGGCCAUGGCCGAAGCACGGGCAUCUCGCUGGUACUUUGGGGGAUUGGCCUCCUGCGGGGCCGCCUGCUGCACGCACCCGCUGGACCUCCUCAAGGUGCACCUACAGACGCAGCAGGAGGUGAAGCUACGCAUGACGGGAAUGGCGCUGCAGGUGAUCCGAACCGAUGGCAUCCUGGCGCUCUACAACGGCCUGAGCGCCUCGCUGUGUAGGCAGAUGACCUACUCCCUGACUCGGUUCGCCAUCUACGAGACCAUGCGGGACUACAUGACCAAGGAUAGCCAGGGACCUCUCCCAUUCUACAGCAAGGUGUUGCUGGGCGGCAUCAGUGGUUUAACUGGAGGCUUCGUGGGGACCCCAGCAGAUUUGGUCAAUGUCAGGAUGCAGAAUGACAUGAAGCUGCCCCUGAACCAGCGGCGCAACUACUCUCAUGCCCUGGAUGGUCUGUACCGUGUGGCCCGCGAAGAAGGCCUGAGGAAGCUCUUCUCCGGAGCAACCAUGGCAUCCAGCCGCGGGGCCCUCGUCACUGUGGGCCAGCUGUCCUGCUAUGACCAGGCCAAGCAGCUGGUCCUCAGCACUGGGUACCUAUCUGACAACAUUUUCACCCACUUCGUCUCCAGCUUCAUUGCGGGUGGGUGUGCGACAUUUCUGUGCCAGCCCCUGGAUGUGCUAAAGACACGCUUGAUGAACUCCAAGGGCGAAUAUCAGGGUGUCUUCCACUGCGCCAUGGAGACCGCAAAGCUCGGACCGCAGGCCUUUUUCAAGGGCCUCUUUCCUGCCGGCAUCCGCCUCAUCCCUCACACCGUGCUCACCUUCCUGUUCCUGGAGCAGCUCCGGAAGCACUUUGGCAUCAGGGUGCCAACCUGACAUCACCAGAGACACCUAGGCCACGCUCAGUCACUGUGCUGAGCUCCUUGGAAGAGUGGGAGGGGAGGGGGCGCCCCUUCCUGGCCUGGGCCCGUGCUGUAUCCCCAGCAGGCUU